UCGGCGGAGACGGCGAAGAGUCAUGGCUCGACAUGGUACUCUCCGUGGGCAUGGUAUCCAAUGUCAGCGCGCCCAUCUCCGAAGGACGCUGGCCAAUCCACACCUUCCAGUCCGCAGGAUCCGGCGUCCAUUGAUGCCCCUCUCCCGGUCGAGUCUGUAAAAACGGAUGCGGAGAUGAUCAAGGAGCGCGCGCUUGCCAGGGAAGAAUCACUUCCGGAGCCUCCAACAGUCACUGUUACCACCGGCUCUAGUCCCGCACCCGAGGAGAAGCUAGUCUCGCCUGUGGACCAGUCGCGAAACCCCAUAGAAUCGUCGAUAACAUCGAAUCCUUCGGGCUGGAUGAGCUUCCUGAUGACUCGGGCGCUGUUGACAAAGACUGUGACAGAUACCGGGACGGAGAGGGACGAGAAUGGCAUGGAAGUGAUGAACGUAGACGACCAGCAGGACAGUUCCUCCGCAGCUGUGACUAUUACCACAGAUCCCCAAGCUACUCAGCGCCAAGUGGUGGCUUCGUCUCCGUCGAAACACCCUCUCUCUCCUACUGUACAAGACGACAAGAGUGCCGCUCUUCCCCCCUCAUCUGCAUCAACCAGACGAGAUGUGAGGAGCGGUGAAGCCUUCAAACAUGUCAAUGCUCGGCCACCCUCUCCGGCGCCCUCGAAUACUUCCAAGAUAUCCAUUGCAACCUCUCCUCGCCCUUCUCCCCGCAAUCUGGUUCUGCCGACGUGGGAGGAUACAUUUUUGUCUCCGCCCCGCUCCAAUGUUCCUCCGAAGCCGCCGUCGGGGAAGUCAAAGCUCUCUAAAUUCUCCUCGCUGGUCAGCGGUGUAUUGUUUAAUCAAGAAGACCGGGAUAGCAAAGGGAAGGGCAAGGAGAAGGAGAAGACGACAGAUUUCAUGCUCUUUGGCAAGGAGUUACCGAAAGCUCUCAAUGUUGUAGAGAGUCACUUGGAUCCAUACUUACUCAACGGGGGCUGUAGAGUAGCCGUCAUUGGGGUAGCAGGCUGGUCGCCCGGUGAGUUAAGAGUGAGCGUGCAGCGUGCUCUGCCUUCUUCGAGCAAGAAAUUCGUCGAGAUGACAUGUCAAGCGUUGGAGCAGUUCGAGCAGGAGCAUGGCUUCAAGUUCAAGAAGAUCACCAAGAUCCCGCUUGAAGGCGACGGCACAAUUGAGCGGAAAGUGUCGAAGGUUCAUGACCACUUGCUUUCGGAUGACGAUUGGAUGGAGGACCUUCACGCUGCCGACGUAAUUUUCGUUGCGAGCCAUUCCCAGGGAUGCAUUAUUGCGACACAUCUCGUUGAUAGGCUGCUGCGAGACGGCCACAUCCUCACAUCCCGCAGUGUGACCACUAUUGCAAAGACUGCUGCCUCCAUAGCUCCAGGAGGUCCUGCGAUUGCAAUCACUCAGGCCCAGCGAGUCUGCUUCUUGGCGCUCUGUGGCAUUCAUUUAGGACCUUUACGAUAUCUUGGAACAAGCAGUUUACUCCAGCCGUAUAUCCAGUAUUUUGAGAAUGCUGCCGCCCGCGAAUUAUUCGAGUUCCAGAACACAGAAUCGCGACUGUCCAAGAAUUAUACAAGGGCUCUACGGAACGUGAUGGAUCAUGGCACCAAAACCGUAUACAUUGCAUCGCUCAACGACCAAGUUGUUCCGAUCUAUUCUGGGCUUUUCACCGCCGCUUCCCAUCCGCGUAUCUUACGCGCCCUGUAUAUUGACGGUGAUGCAUAUCACUCCUCCGAUUUUCUGUCCAACCUGCUAGCUCUCCUCAUUCGAGUCAUGAACUCUGGAUUGUCUGAUGGUGGUUUACUCAACCAUCUUUCCGAAGCAACGGCUGGAACGCUCAGUGGCGUAGGCCAUUCAUCUGUCUACGAGGAGCCUGCCACAUUCUCUCUGGCUGUGAAAUACUUCUUCCUGACGACAGAUGGUGAGAGCGAAGAUUCCGGCCUUUCUGUUGGACCAUUCAAUGCUGUCGUGGAGCAGAACGAUUAUGAGAUCCCGUGGGCGCUCCGCGACAUGAUUGCGGACGAGCGGGUUGCCCACUUCUUUGCGCAGGAGUUCGCGCAGCUCCGUGAUGCAUUCGACGACUGGCAACCUAAGACAUCCAUUCUGCGAGAUGUGAAGAGGAAAUUACAACCGAUACAGCGUCUCAACUCGUUCACGUCGUCUGUUAGCAAGCUCUAA